GAAUGCGCGACAGGUAACAGUCGGGCUUUCAAAAUGGCGAUUUUAAGGAAGUGUAUGUGUUGGACUGUUCAAGACGGCGCGUGGGUCUCGGCAGUAUGGACAUUAGUCACUUCAAUCAUCUCAUUUAUCAUGUUCUUUGUGGACCUGGCAGACUUUGCAGGGAAAAGCUGGGGACUCCCACAAUGGCCCUUUGCCUUUGAUGUGGACUGGAGGAUGCAUGUGUGGAAAGGAUUUCUUGCUUGUGACAUUGUGAUGUUAGUUGCCAAUAUACUGCUAAUAAUGGCCGCAGCUUUAGUAAUGCAUGGAUUGAAAAAAAUGACAAUAGAUCGUGCCAUCCUUGCAUGUAAGUGGUUCUGUGUAAUCAUGGCCCUGUACGAGCCAGUAGAGCUAGGUAUUGUGAUAUACAUGUUCUCCUGGUAUGGAGCUAAUAUUUGGAGGUUUGUGUGGCAGGUCUGGUGGUUCAUGUUCUGGCUCAUCAGGUUCUUUGUAAAUAUUGUAGCUGCCCUAUGUAUUUACUCUCGAGCCCAGGAGUUGACUUAUGACCUGAAAUACGGAUCACAGGACCUGAAUGGAUACUUUCCGAGUACAUUUGAAAUGGGGGUCAAGAACCCUGGCUAUAGCUAUGCAUAGAGAAACUGGUAGUAUGUACUUUAGCAACAUGUUAAGGUUAUGAGAUAAAUCAACGUCCCAAUUAAAACAUGUAAGCAACAUGGACUACCCUCUGUUAGUGACAUUGCUUUCUUUAAUUAUUUUUUCCCUUUGAAAUCUCAGACUUAUCAAAUUUUUGUCAGAAUAAGUCAGUAAAAAAUACUGGGCUGUUUGGUACAUGGAGGGAAGGUUUCCUUGCACUCUGCACUCAUUGUAUUGUUAUCAGUGACAGUAAGGGAAGUUUCUGUUGCACUGCUACCAGUAUUUGUUUGUUGCAACUUGACCAAAGUUUUAUUUAAGGCAAAAAUUGAAUUUCCAUGAAAUCUUGACAACAUCAUCUAAUUUACUCCCUCUUUAUCCAAGUACUCUGCUGCUGUGUUCCAUUUCUUGUUUUGACAUAACAAAUCAUACUCAUUUGAAUAGACCAAACUAUAAAGGAUUAGAAACUGAAAGCUAAAACUUGAGGCAUAAUGGCAGUGGAAUAGUUACAUGUUUUUAGUAUAAUUUCAAUUUUGAGGUCCAAGAAGAAAAUUAUACUCUCUUGAUAUGUUAAAAAAGCACUUUUCAAGUGAAAAUUAUGAAUAACAUUUUCAGAACGGACACAGUUGAGACACAAAAUAGAUGGUUCAGAAUCUCACUGAUAAAUUGACAUUCCUUUUGUUGUGAUUAGUUACUGGAAAAAAAGGUUGUGAGUUAGGUCUAUGUUUCUCUUUGGGUGAAUUAGUUCUUGCAUACACUGAAUAGUUACAUCGCUACGUACAUGUUUAUAUGUGUCAUCAGAAUAUGGAUUCAUUGUGCCACUAACAAAUUUCUAACAGGUAUGAAGGUGGAAUGGUUAAAUAGGUAAAUAUUCCAUCUGUAUACUAGUUUAUACUAGAUUGUUAUUGCUACAGUGAAUUUGUACUCUGUUCUAUGCAUAGGUUUAAGCCUGUUUCAGGGAGAGGGUUAUCAAGUUGAGAGAUAUCACCUCUUGUCAUUAUCAUGCAUAGGACUUGGAAAAGAAAAAUGUGUAUAGAUUGAAUUAAGUAGUUAAUUAAUAAGAAACUUUUGUUUCAUAACUUUGUUUAGAGUAGGGUGAAAAGCCACAAUAAUUUUAGCGUGUUAUUGUUAUAAAGCCUUUGCCAUUAGUUCACAGACAUUUCUGCAUUUUGAUACAAUUAAAUUGUACAUUUCUGUGUAAAUCUGCUAUCUGUAGAUAAUGUAGGAUACUUUUUUUACUGCCUCUUAUAUAGCGGACAAUGGAAUGAUGGCCAUUUUGUAUAUAUUCUUUAUAUGCUGUACAUCUUAGAAGAGGAUAUUUGCUUUUUAACAAAACGUUGGUUGUGACUCAAAAUAUUUUACUCAGAGAAAACAGCACCUACAAAGGUUGCGGACGGUGCUUUUAUGUUGUAGAAUAUGUCAGGUGAUCUUAAAGGACCGCAAACUUGUUUUUGUAUGCCUUAUCGGCAACAAACUAUUCCAAGACUCGAAUGCAGAUGAAAUGAAAUUUUAUGUACAUUUAAAUACUUUCAAAUUUGAAAAAUAAUAAAACUUGUUUUUAGAUUAA